AUGAGUUUCAACCCAGAGAGCGAGGCUAUGGAUGAAGGAGAUUUUGAUCCUGAAAUGAUGUUGGAUCAAGAGGAAUAUAUGAAUUUUGUUGGAGGAGAGGCCGGAGAAGCCGGAAAGAACAUUCAACAACUUUUGAAAGAGUCGCUAGUUGACAAGGAUUUCUACAAUGAUUUCGAUGAUGACUUUGAUGAUGACGAUUUGAAAUAA